AUUCAAUAAACACAACAAAAGUGUCACUCAAUUGAAGAUUGUUUUGUUGUUUUGUUUUAGAUUUUAAUUCAAAUUAGUUUUUAAUGAUUUCAAUGUUAUUUAAGUUUAGAAAAUAGUUUUUAAUUAUAAUUUAAAUCUUUUAUAUAUAUCUUGUGUUAAUCACCCAACAACUGGUCCAACACAACAACAACAUUAUUUACCAAUCGAUGGCUGAACUCAAUCGACCACUUCUUCUACGGUGUAAAACACCGAAAGGCCAACAUAUGAUUGAGUGCUUAACCGGUGAUAAUAAUGUUGAAGAUCUGAAGGCAAUUCUUUUAAGUAUCACUGGUAUUGAUCCCAAUGGUCUUCGAGUAUUGGUUGGUUUCCCGCCGCGAGAACUAAAUCUCCGAAACAACUUUCAGAAGUUAGCCGAUCUGUUAAACCAUCAAAACAGAGAAACACUUAUUAUUGAGGAAAUCAUUGACAAUGAUAAGCGUCGGUCGCGUCCGCGGACGUCGAGCACAUCCAAUCAGUUGAUAAAUUCAUAUUCCGAUGUAAUGCAGUCCAACUCAACCAGGGAUAGUAUACCCGCCGGUGUCCUCUUGCGUCGGGUGGUUGCGGCCAACAAUUCGUGUCUUUUUAUAUCCGUAUAUUUCGCACUUUCUGGCGGUGAGUACAACGAUACAAUUGGUUCAGCUUUAAGGCAAAUCAUUGCCGAUACUGUGGCGGCCGAUCCCAUGACAUACAACGAAGCAUUUUUGGGUAAACAAAACCGCGAGUACUGCACUUGGAUUCUCAAUGAAGAUCACUGGGGAGGAGCUAUAGAACUGUCCAUUUUAUCGAAGUAUUACGGCAUUGAAAUCGUUGCUAUCGAUACACAAAACGUUAGACUUAACCGUUUCGGCGAAGAUAUGUCUUACUCACAAAGGAUAUUCCUUAUAUACGAUGGCAUACAUUACGAUCCUUUAAUGUGGGAACCGUUGGACAACAAAAAUCCAAUACAAACCGUCUUUCCGGUGGCAAACGAGACGCUUUUGUCGAUGGCGUUAGAAAUCGGAAAUGAGGCCAAAAAUAGCCGUCAGUUCACUGAUGUCCAGAACUUUACAUUGCGUUGUCUCGCGUGUAACGCCCGACUCCGCGGUAACAGUCAGGCCCAGUCUCACGCUCUCGAAACUGGACACAUAAACUUUGGAGAAAUUUAA